AAUAAUAACACGUAUUGACGACGACAACGACACGCAUAUGCGCGUACAUGGCAUCUCGCAGACACGAUCCCAACAACGCCGAAACGCUGAGAAUGUCCACGCUGCAAGCCCGGCACCGGGGCCAUAACAUACCGGACGGAGUGACCACGUUCAACGAGAUCGAAUACGACCGCGAGGGCGGCGUGUUCCUCAACAGGACCAAGCUUAUCCUGCUCAUUAUCAUCGUGUUCCUGUUGACCGCGUUCUCCGCGUUUAUCGGAAGGUACACGGCCGAACGGCAGUUCAGACAGUACAUAUUUCGUGAUUCGUUGGUAAAGAAGGCUGAUCCGGGCGUAGCUGAGGGCCAGAUACCGUUCUUGGCCGUCGAACCAGAGAGCUACAAGGUGCUGCUGGAGCCGAAGCUGUACGCCGCCGACGGCACGGUUCCCAAACAUGACGUGGAAUACGAGGGCCGCGUGGAGGUGAUAUUUCGCCCCAAAGCCGACACGUCCGUCAUCAGUUUGCACGUGGGCCGUUUGAAAAUCGGAGAGGACACGAUGCUCAAGCGCAGGCUGAGCAUGGACACGCCGACCGAACUGGUGCUCAAAGACGAAUCGAAGUACGAACUGAACACCGAGGUGGACACCGAACAGGAAACGCUAACAGUAACCGUGGGUGAAACCCUCAGAUCCGGGCAUUAUUACAGUUUAUUCGUAAACUUCACGGGCACCGUUGGUAGGCCGCAGGAUGGAGGACUGUUCAAGGUCGUAUUCGACAACAAAGAAGCAGUAAAAGACCAAUGGUACGUGGCCACGAAGUUGGCACCUCGUAAGGCACGGAACUUAUUGCCGUGCGUAGACAAUCCGAAGCACAAAGCCAUUUUCGAGAUGAGCGUCGUCAGGAACAAGGAAACCAGCGUGAUUUUCAACACCAAAGUGAGGUUGACGGAAGAAUACAAUAUGGGCAGUGAUCUGUUAAUUGAUCACUUCGAGAAAACCGGACUCAUUAGACCGGACUCCUUGACGCUUUUCAUGACCAACUUCAAAUCGUACCCCAUACAAACGAAGAAUUCGGUCGAGUUGUCCGUCUGGAGUUCCGAUCACACGGAUUCGAUUGACAUAAUUACCGACGUCGUGCCGAAAACGUUGGAUUUCAUGACGUCAUAUUUGGCGACCAACUUUCCGACCAAAAAACUGGACAUCGUCGUUGUACCCAGUAUGGUCAUGCCUUCAACUGAAAGUCCAGGCUUAAUCGUGAUUAAAGAUUCAGUUCUGGGUACUGCGGAGAAGUUGUCGAUGGUCGACUAUCAGAAAUCCGUCGAAUUCAUAGUUCUUCCGGUCAUUAGGCAGUGGCUCUUGCCGCAGCGAGGACUUGACCGAGGAAGUAACGAGGACAAAUGGAUAAACGAGGCACUCGUAAACUUUUUAAAAAUCAUCAAUAUCGAUCACAUCAAACCCGCGUGGAAUCUUGGAGCUAGAUUCUCCAUGGACACGGUGCAACCGAUCAUGUUCUAUGACAGCUGGACGAACUCCGAACCGUUGGCUAACUACGAACAACACACGGAGAUAUACGACUAUAUCGUUCCAGCCAAAGGCACUUCGAUACUGCGGAUGUUGAACGAUGCGUUCACGGAAGAAAUCUUCAAACAAACCGUGCGAGAAUUCGUACACACCGAGAUUUACAAGUACAAGGACACGAUAAGUUUUUGGACGCUGUUGGACGAUAAUGCGAGAAACAAAUCGGUCAAAUUGCCUGAAAAUUCGGCGGUACUGCAGAUUGUGAACACUUGGGUUCAAAACAAAAAUUACCCGUUGGUGAAGUUACAAGUGGACGGAGACGAUUUAAUAGUGAAACAAUUUCGAUUCGAUUACGAUGAUCCCAAGCCUACCGACGACUGGGUGCUGCCGAUCACGCUCACAUCCGGCGUGGCGUACAGGACGACGGUGUGGCUGGAGAAGAGUCCGGAGACCAGAGUGCCAGGAUACGUUUCGGCGUCGAAAGGCUCGUGGAUACUGGCAAACCAGCACCAAACAGGUUAUUACAGAGUGGCUUACGAGGACGUUCUCCUAGACAGGAUUACUUACGAGAUUAGCAACGGUAACUCUUUUGACGAGUUCACUGUUGCACAGUUGAUCGGGGACAUUUUCGAAGGAGCGUUUGCCGGCGUUAACGGAUUCAGCGACGCUUUGGGAUUUUUAGAAAAAGUCAUUCAAACAGCCGGCCCGUACUCCGGAUACUGGGAGGCCAUAUUUAGUGCUUUCAAUAAAAUAGAAGCUGUGCUGCACAACACAAGACAUUACGAUAAUCUUUCGAUUUUUAUGGAAAUGGUGGUCGAAAAAGCAUACGAUAUAUUUCAAACGAGUACAAUCGAUUCGCCGGAUAAAAUAUUGGGAAAAAUCAGCACGUUAAGCUUUGCAGGUCGCAUGGAAUUAAAAACGUGCGUUCAAUGGGCUAAACAGCAGUUUGACGAGUGGAUGAAGAAAACAGAUGAAACGAAUCCUAUCGCGCCCAACGAUCGUAAAUCCGUUUACUGCACGGCCAUGCAGUACGCCACCAAGGACGAACGCAGAUUUAUGUUGAGCAAAUACGACAGUUCCAAAUGGACGCCGGACCGGAAAUCAAUAGCGAAAAGUUUUGCGUGUUCGAAUAACGAACGUUUCUUGCAAAAGCUGCUGUCGGUGGCGGAGAUCAAAUUCGACGACCUGACCGACAUUUGGCAAUCGAUGUUGGACAACCCGACGGCCGGCCCGUACGCGUUCAAUUACCUGCGUAACAACUGGGAGACGUUGUACGAAGAGUAUUCAAAGAGCGACGUCCCGUUGCUGUGCAAGGCGAUGCACGCUGCGAUCCGAGGCCUGAACAGCUUAGCCGAUCUAGAGAUGCUGGCGAGCUUCGUUGACAAACACUUCGGUGACGGUGUGGAGAACCGGAACACCGCGUUGCUGGACGUGGUGCACUUCGAGGAGGAGGUGCUGAGGCAGAAGAUCACGUGGCGGGAAAAGUACGGGGGUGCGAUAUCCGGCUGGUUGGAACCCAAGUCGAACAAGAACAAACGGCUGCUGUACAGACCGAACCGAGGACUUGAUGCGGCCGCUGCUGGUGGGGACCCGGGUGGUUCGGGAGGCGGUGCGGCUGCGGCGGAGACCGAUGGAUCCAGUGGGGACGCGAAACCCGUAAGCGACAAAGGACCCGUUAAGGCCGAGGGCGAAGUGUCCGUUGUAGGGACGGUCGGGGCCGCCGCGGCAGUUGGUAAAGGAGAACCGACGGCGGACGACCAGAAGACGAUCGAAAUCGGGAAACCGAGACCGGACGAACGUUCGGAGUCCUCCACGGCCGCCAGUGUAGCACAGAACGAGCCACCUCCGAACGAGCCACCUCCGAACGAGUCGCCCGACGUCGGUGAAAAUAAACCUGCGGACGAGAGUGCAAACUUGAACGAGACGAUAACGAUUGAACGUGCUAAAGAAGAUGAUGUAUUAAAUAAAAAAUAAAGAUGGAUUUAAAAAUAAACCGGUUCGCUUCAAUAAAAUAUUUAUUAAUAA